UUGUGUUUGAGUGAGCGGCUCCCUGUUGUCCCGCACAUUCACAAACACUCAACUCAUCCCUCCUGCCCCCGUGUCAGGUGUUCCUGUGGCUUCUCGCUCCUGUUCCGCACGUAGGUCCAUGGAUUGCGGAAAGCCAUUAGCUAAAGGGGGCAAGGCCAUGGGGCUGAGCGGCGGCACGGCUUCCGGCAACGUGCCCAUGCCUGGUGCUGGCGGCUGGGUGAAUGGGCACUCGGAGCCACCAGAGUGGCGGCAGCAGGAGCAGAGAGCGGCGACUCAGUGGCUGGAAGAGCGGACCCGCAGCGUCGAGGACAACCAGCUGAGUUUGCCGGGUCUGGAAGCCGCCUAUUCGGCUAUUCUGAAGGGGCUCGGCGAGGAUCCUGAGCGACAAGGGCUCCUCAAGACACCGUGGAGAGCCGCCACGGCCAUGCAGUUCUUCACCAAAGGUUACCAGGAGAAGAUUUCAGAUAUUUUAAAUGAUGCCAUAUUUGACGAAGACCAUGAUGAAAUGGUAAUAGUGAAGGAUAUUGACAUGUUUUCGAUGUGUGAACACCACUUAGUUCCAUUUAUUGGAAAGGUACAUAUAGGUUAUCUACCUGAAAAACGACUCCUUGGUCUCAGCAAGCUAGCCAGGAUUGUUGAAAUUUACAGUAGGAGACUCCAAGUACAAGAGCGUCUCACCAAACAAAUUGCUAAAGCAAUCACAGAAGCCUUACAGCCUGCAGGGGUGGGAGUUGUGAUUGAAGCCACACACAUGUGCAUGGUGAUGAGGGGAGUACAAAAGAUGAACAGUAAAACGGUAACCAGCACUAUGUUAGGUGUUUUCCGGGAAGACCCAAAGACCCGUGAAGAGUUUCUGACUCUUAUUAGGAACUGAAAAUCCUGGAUGGAACAGGCCGCUUUUAGAUGUUCAGUACGUGUUUUAAUUGUUUUUACCAGUUUGUAUUUUGUAGUAUGUGUAGAUGCAGGAUUCAGACUGACAGGAAAAUAUCAAAUUGUUAAUAUUAAAUUGUAAUGUACCUUGGGCUAGGCCAUUAUACUUAUAACAAAUAGUCUCUGUUCUUAAGUGUUUAGUAGUUGGCUGUAAUGAAAUUCUAAAAAAUAUACAACUUGUAGUUUCACAGCUUUUAUGCCUGGAAACCAACAGGUUAGCAUUUGAUGCAAUUAAACAAUUUUCUCAGAAUAUUUGUACAAACUUACAAAUUUUUAGUGAUAAACUAAAAUACUUUCCCCUUCAUAUAGAACAGGGAAAAAAAUUGCGAGUGGUCCUGAAUUUUCACUAAAUGGUUCAUCCAUCUCACAUCAUUCAUAUGGUGGUCUCCUUACAUACCUACAUGGCUUAGAUUUAAUUUAUUUUUCUUAUCAGCAUUGAACAGUGCUUCUGAUAACUUGGAGUCAAUGCCACGGUGGUUGAAUUUUCAGCGGUGACUAAAGAUAAUGGCACAGGUCUUCCUCAUGUGAUACAGCUGCUUGUGUGUUGAGCUUGUGAAUUCUUUGUAUAGAGUUCUGACUCCGCUCCACUGAUGAAUUAGGUUCAGCUGAUCAAGCCAAAACCUUUCAAUAUUGUUGUUUGCUUCAGAGUGAGAACUGCUAUGGGUGAGCAAGCACUGUAUACAGAAAAGAGGUGCCUUGACUUGAUCCAAAACAGGAUUUCUUUAUUUAUCAAAAAAUAAUUAGGAAUGAGGGAGGUCAAUCUGCUCAUCUUACUUUAUCCAGAAUGAUCCCUAAAACAGGAUUGCUAAUUGGUUCUUAAUGAUUCUAGGAUUUUUGACUCCACUGUUUGAUCUAGGAGACCAUUCCAUGUACUGGUCACUGUGGCUCUUUCAUCGCUUUUGUGCCUCCAUGACCAGAAAUGGACACAGUGCUCAAGAUGUGGUCUGACCAGAGAAUCUUACAGUUUGACUAUGACUUCCUUUAACUGCUUUGGUAACAUAGUUUGACAUUCCAUUAUCUAAAUUAUAACCUGGAAAUGGUUCAACUGGUUUGCGUUCAUGUUUUUAUACUUAACUUGAGGUAGUAACUUUAAUCCCGUGGCUGCCCAGCUCACAUAUAUACUGUUAUUCCCCUUUCCUUCAAUUGCCUGCUUAACUUGUUAAAUGUUAACAUGGUCCCUAAAUUAUUUCAUAGCCUCCCAACCCUCUGUAAAAUAAGAACACAAUUAUUUACCUGCUCUUUGUCUUAAAUCUAUUACAUUUAAUCUUGUCAGUGUUCCUUGUUUUAAAUCCCUCAACUACUGGAGAUAAUCUGUUCUGUCCCUUCAUAAUUUUAGACCCCUCUAUUAAAUCACCUAACCCUAACUCAUCACCUCUUCUGUUCUAAUGGAAGCAAGUACAAAUUUUCAAGUAUUUCCUUAUUGUUUUGUAUUUCCUUGUACCAGGCCACAUUUUCCAUGCAGUACCCUUUCUAAUGCCUCAUCACCCUCCCUGUAGUAUGGAUUUCAAAAUUGUAUAUAGGACAGUAACUAUGGCUAUACAAAGGUUUUAUCUAGAUUUGCCAUCUUAAAUUUUAUAUUCUAUAUCUCUCACUAUGAAACCCAAUAUUCCAUUACCUUUUCUUUUACAUGAACUUAUGCACGUGAGGUGCUGCUUUUAAUACGAACCACAUUCCCUCUGCUCUUGCACAACACCCAGCCUUUUUCCCAUCCAAAGUAUAAUUAUUACUUUUAUUUCUUUUAACCAAGGUUACCUCGUAUACUGUGACAUAGAAUUCCAAUUGCCAUUUUUUGCCCAUUUCGCCAUGUUAUCAAUAUUCCCUUGCAGCUUUUUAUGAUCCUCACAAUUAUUUACUAGGCCUUCUAUUUUAGUACCAUCUACAAAUUUCUCUAGCUCUCUUUUUCAAGCCUUAUAUCCAAGUCACUGAUUACUACUCUAGUGUUUGGACAUAUUCAGUAUUGAGUCUACCAUGACUGUAGGUCUCUCUCAUCUUCAUCUUUUAACAAUCUCAAUUCUGUUCCCAGGUUGUGCAGCCUUUUACACUUGUCUGUAUUUAAUUUUAUCUAACAUUGUUUUAUCGUCUUAUGUUUUGUCCACCUUAUUCUAUAAUUUGUGUUCUGACUCCUUUGAUCUCACUGUCCUUUCUAAUUUGAUAUAAUUUGCAAAUUUAAUAAAUUUGAUUUGAGUUUCUCAUCCAACCUCAUUCAGGACAAAUCCUCAACCAGGAGACUGGUCUAGUGGAAAUUUGAAUUUUCACUAUUAAAUUUAUGAUGAGCCCUGA